CCAUGGCGCCGACUCCGAAGACUGUGGGGCGAAUCAAGCUAGAUUGCCCUCUGCGGCCUGACUGCUCGCUGGAGGUCGCUGCUGUCCCCAAACUCUGCAAGGAAUUCGGUCCAGAGGACUACGGCGAAGAGGACAUAGAGGAUUUUCUUCAGCGGCUUGUGGAGAGUGAUCCCCAGGGCCUGCACCGGAUCCAUGUGGAUGGGAGCAGCGGGCAGCUGCAGCUGUGGCACCAUGAUUACCUCCUGGACCAUUUCAGUGAUGAGGGGAAAACAACUGGACAGAGUGACAGGGGCAAGGGGGCUGAUGGCCUGGGCACCUACUGUGGUUUCCACAAGUCCUUCCUAUACCCUCCGCAAGGGCCUGAGCCCUGCCGUCAAAGCCCCUCUGCCUCAGCGUGCACCCGUGUCUCAGACAGCCUGCUUCAGAUGGCCCUGCCCCAGAAGCUCCUGGUGACUGAAGAGGAAGCCAACCGCCUGGCAGAGGAGCUGGUGGCUGAGGAGGAGCGCAUGAAACAGAAAUCAGAGAAGAAACGACUCAAGAAGAAGCGUCAAAAGGAACGAAAGCGACAGGAACGCUUGGAGCAGGACUGUGGGGAGCCCAAGGCCAAGGCUACCACAGAUGGGGAUGAGAGCCCCCCAUCCAGCCCCGGGAACCCAGCUCCGGGACAGUGUAGUGAGGAAGAGGACUCACUGGAUCUAUCUAGCACUUUCGUGUCUCUGGCUUUACGCAAGGUUGGGGAUUGGCCUCCCAGUACCCGCAGAGAGAAGGGUCUAAGCCAGAAGCCCCAAGGCAGGGGCCCAGGCCCCCAGGAGAAGACAGAUCAAGAGGAAGGGAGCCUUCCAAGAGAGGAGAGGCCCGUGCAGAGUCCUAAGCCACAGGCAUCUCCAGGACUGCCAGCGGCUGCCUUGCAGCAGAGCCAGGAACUGGCAAAGUUGGGUACCAGCUUUGCUCAAAAUGGUUUCUACCAGGAGGCUGUGGUCCUCUUCACCCAGGCCUUGAAGCUCAAUCCUCAGGACCACCGGUUAUUUGGAAAUCGUUCCUUCUGCCACGAGCGUCUGGGUCAGCCAGUAUGGGCCCUGGCCGAUGCCCAGGUGGCCCUUACCCUAAGGCCCGGCUGGCCCCGGGGCCUCUUUCGCCUGGGAAAGGCCUUGAUGGGACUACAGCGCUUUGAGGAGGCAGCUGCUGUGUUCCAGGAGACGCUGAGAGGUGGGCCCCAGCCUGACGCAGCCCAGGAGCUCCACUCAUGCCUCCUCCAGCUCACUCUGGUAAGGGAGCCAGGCCCCUCUCCUGCUAAGGGCAUCAGGGAGAGCGGGCUGGGACUGUAGUGCUAAGCAGCGCUACCUUCUGCC